AUGUCUUCAUCAUUUGUGGAUGAUCAUUUUGAAUUUGCUGAAAUGAAUAUUAGGCAUACGGGUAAUAUGGAUGAAACUAUGGCAAUGGUACGUCGAGCAGUGCGAAUGGGUUAUGAUUGUAUCGCAAUUAAUACUGAUAUAGGACAAAUGGUACAGGAAUGUGCUAAUCUGGGUGAUGAGCCACCACAAAAGAAGAAAAAGAAAGGUGGUAAAGAGCGGAAUGUUAUACCGGAUCCAGUUAGUAUUAAUUGUUCCGAAUUGGAUACCAGUAUGCUUGAAGCAAAUGGAAAGCGUCUUAGGAUUUUCAGUCGUCUAACUGCUACAGUGUCAAACAGCACAGAGGUCCAUUUACUAAUGCAUCAUCCUCAGCUGAAAAAAUACGAUUUAAUCGCUGUGCGUCCAUCAGAUGAUCAGAUCCUUCAGACGUUAAGCAAGAAGGGUGAUUUUGUUGAUAUUAUCACUUAUGAGCAAGCAUCAACAUCUGUUGGAUGGCUUAAUAAAAGCAAGAUUAUCCAACUUUGUAUUAAUGAUGGUAUAGCGUUUGAGAUCACUUAUGCCGAUGCCUUAAAAGACAGCAGUCAAAGACGAGAGGUAUUAGUAAAUGGUCGACAAUUGUUAAUGUCUACAAAAGAUGGUGAUGGCGUUAUAAUAGCAAGUGGUGCUGAAAGAAUGAUUGAUAUCAGAGCACCAUAUGAUGCUGCCAAUAUUUCAGUUCUUUUUGGUAUUCGUCCUGAAUUAGCUCGAAAAUUCGUUGCAGGUAAUGCUAAGAAGACUUUACUGAGGGCAGAAUCUCGGAAGACAUUGAAAGGUGGUCUGUUGAUACAAAACAAAGAAGAUUUGCCAAAAAAUCUCACUGUGCGUUUAAAUGUAAUUGAGAAGAUUAUGAGAAUACCUGAAUUUCGAGCUCAACUGGAAAUUGUAGAGGAUGAAGUAGAAGAUAAAAGCAAAAAAACCUGA